UUAUUGUACCAGGCUGGAUUUCUCUUGAGCUUACUGUCCAAACGUGGUAAACUGAGCAAAAGGGCAGAGAGAAGUGGCUCUCUUGACUUAGUGGUGAAACUCUAGGAGAAUGCACAUGUUCCCUGGCAAAUGGAAGGUGUUGGUAAUUGUGAAACCCUGUUGACUCAGACAUCUCUGACCUGGAGGAUGCUCCCAUAUAAACAUCCGCCCUGAGAGACACCUCCCUGCUCUACUCUUGCCUUUAUCUGGGACUUCUAUUUAAUCUGUUCCAACUACUCCCAUCUGGAGUGCAAGCUAGACACUUCUGCUGCAAGAAGGAAGUAGGUGUCCAAAUAGUGCAGACCCAGUAAGUUGGUUCAACAAUGUCCAGCUUCAUAGGCGAUGCCCUCCGAGGCAGCUGCUUCUUUCUCUUUGGAUUCUGGUGGUCCGUGAAAUAUCCCCUGAUGUAUCUGAACAGGAAGCUGAACGUGGAGGGUCAGAGGAACCUCUGUUUCCAGCGUUUAGAUGUCUUUGAAGGGACAGUCAAAGCUUUCUUUGCUCUCGCAGGGAUCCUGGCUGAACAAUUUGUCCGAGAUGGUCCCCACUUGUCUCUGUACAGUGCGGAGGAUCACAGCUGGGUGAAGCUUGGAAACUGGCAGUACACCACCAUGUACUUCUUCUUUGGCCUCUCGGGCAUCGUGGAGGUUCUUUCCUACCGACUCAAACUGCCCCUUGGGCUGGAUCGUCUCUUGCUGUCUGUGGCUCUCUUUAUUGAAGGUUUCCUCUUCUGUUCUCAUAACUACGACGUUGCUCUGGAUCAGCACCUCCACGCCCUGCUGCUUAUUGCUAUAUUUGGUGGAACCCUCUGUGCCUUGCUGGAAGUGUGCCUGCGGGAUCACGCCGUCCUGGAAAUCAUCCGGACCAGCCUCUUCAUCCUCCAAGGAACUUGGUUCUGGCAGAUUGGAUUUGUGCUGCAUCCACCAUGGGGAGGGCCAGGCUGGGACCAGACCGACCGUGGAGUCUUUGCAUUCCUCAACGUGUGCUUCUGCUGGCAUUAUGCAGCCGCUCUCCUCGUCGUGGCUGCCAACUUUGCUGCUUCUCACUGCUACAACCAAGCAUGUCAGUUAAAGCUUGAAGGCAUUGAUGUUGAACUUGACAUUGGGUGCUGUCUACGAAAAUGCAACAGACGCUCUGAUCCCGUUCUCCUACCAGAGAAUGGGUCGGAUGAAAAGUGACUACUUGGCUGACUUUUAUUUCUCUGCUUUUCUGCUGAUGAUGCUUGUGUCAAAGUUCUUAAGAUGAAGAGAUUUUAUCUGCCAUUUUAAAUAAAGUUGUGGCUUUCUAUGGGCAUCUCAAAAGUAGGAGGACAGCACCCAGUGUACUUUGGUACAACUUCUCUGCUGUCUCCCUUCUAGAUC